UUUCUCAGUUGUCAUUCGUAACCUGAUCGCGAAGCUGCUGGACUCACCGAAGGUCAUGGCUUCCUCGGCGUCUCUCAGAUCCGACAUCUACAAUAGAGAAGAGCGGAAGCAGCAGUACCAAGCUUAUAUUCGUGGUCUGAAUGCGUACGAUCGGCAUAACAAGUUUCUGAAUGACUACGUUCGUUUCUAUGGGAAGGAAAAGCCGACGGAAGUUAAGUUGCCGGUUAAAACCGACUAUGACACACUAAGAGAAGGAUAUCGGUUUAUACGUUCAGAGGAAGAUGAUUUGAAUGCUUCAUGGGAGCAAAGGCUGGUCAAGCGAUACUAUGACAAGCUUUUUAAGGAAUACUGCAUAGCUGACUUGUCAAGAUACAAGACUGGCCAGAUUGGUUUGAGAUGGAGAACGGAAAGGGAAGUAAUUUCGGGGAAAGGGCAAUUCGUAUGUGGGAACAAACAUUGUGAUGAAAAGGAAUUAGCUAGCUAUGAGGUGAACUUUUCUUAUCAUGAAGCCGGAGAACACAAACAGGCGCUUGUAAAACUCGCAGCUUGUGAGAGAUGUGCGGGGAAACUGCACUACAAAAGAAGAAAAGAGCAUGAAAGAUCAGAAAGGAAAGCUAAGAAACGGAAACGGGAACAAUGGAGCAGUGAAGAUAACAAAGAUGCUGAGCACGAAGCAUGUAUUAGAGAGAAGAGAAAAGGGAGGAAGGCGUCCAAGUCGGAUGGUAAAAGGGGGAUCGAGGAUGAUGAGAAUUUCGAUGAGUUCCUGGAGGGGAUGUUCCCAAGCGAUAAAUAAUAGCUCUAAAAAGAAGGCAAUUGCUGUAUAGGGAGUGAGUAAAACUGAUGGGCGUGGAGUUGCUGAGUUUGGCAUGUUUUUCCUAUAAGAAAGUGGAAUGGUUAAAACGUCAUAUAUUUGGUUUGCCGUGGAGA